AUGGAAAUUAACUUGUAUCAUAUUACUAAAAUACAACACUCAGUCCCCUUUGCCCGCCUUCUCCCGCAGUUGCCUUCUGCAAGCCGAGGAAAAGGAAUCGUAUUGUAUCAGAACCUCCACUCUUUUGACCCCUUUGCUGAUGCAAGUAAGGGUAAUGACCUGCUUCCUGCUGGCACUGAGGAUUAUAUCCAUAUAAGAAUUCAACAGAGAAACGGCAGGAAGACCCUUACCACUGUUCAAGGGAUCGCUGAUGAUUACGAUAAAAAGAAACUAGUAAAGGUGUUUAAGAAGAAAUUUGCCUGCAAUGGUACUGUAAUUGAGCAUCCAGAACAUGGAGAAGUAAUUCAGCUACAGGGUGACCAGUGCAAGAACAUAUGUGAGUUCCUAAUAAAGAUUGGACUGGCUAAGGACAAUCAACUGAAGGUUCACGGGUUUUAA